AUGAACCAGAAACUCUCCCACAUCGUCACCAAGACACAGGCCGUCAUGAAAGUGCAGCCCGCCAGGAACAGCCGCAGCUCAAGGGAGGAGGAGGAGGAGGACGCGAUUGUUGUUGUUAUCGCGGAGUCGGAGAUGGUAUUGGAGAUUGGGGUGACCCGGAAUAAAGGCUCGCCGGGAGGGGAGAAGAACGGGAGUGAAAGACGGAAGAUGGAAGAGAAGAGGAAGAGUGCGCUCCGUGUCAUCCCCAUCUCACGGGUUGCUGAUCUGCACGUCGGCUUUGUCUAG